CAAAGCCCAGAAAGUGGAGAUGGACAAGCUAGAGAAGGCCAAGAAGGAGCGGACCAAGAUCGAGUUUGUCACCGGAACCAAGAAAGGCACCAACCCUUCCAGCACAGCAGCCUCCACCACCAGCAGCAGCACCGCCACCACCGCCACAGCAGACGCCCAGAAGAGGAAAAGCAAGUGGGACUCUGCGAUCCCCGUCACCCUGGCCCAGCCCACCCUCAUCACCACCACGGCCACCCUUCCCGCCGUCGUGUCGGUGACCACUACGGCUAGCGGCACAAAGACCACGGUCAUCUCUGCGGUGGGCACCAUCUUAAAGAAAGCAAAGCAGUGAGCAGACAACGAGCAGAAAGGGCCUCGUGUUGGAUCAUAGGAGCGACGGAUCCCGUCGGAUUGAAAUGUUGAUGCUAAGAACCAGCAAACCCUCUGCUGAACUUGGACUAAUCAAAGCACUGGACUGCCUUCUGGAGCUUGGGCUGUUAUCUGCACCGCUGCAUCCUAAAGCCAAAAUUACGCUUCUGCUGUGUCUGAUUCACGCAGAUGUUUUAAUACGUCGGCAACGCCUGAAAACUUAAUACGAUUUCAACGGAGCGCGUUCCUAAGCGGACUGGAUAAAGCGAAUGGAAAGCUGUUUCAUUUUUAUACCUGUACUUGUAGUGAAAUGUCAGUUUCUCUUGGUUGUGUGCAAACCUUUUUUUUUUUUUCCAUUUUUGUUUGUGACAUAGUGAACUCCUGUCAGACAAGUUAAUUUUUACACUUCGAUAUGUGUAUUGAUUGUACCAGGAAUUAAAGAAGCGAAUGUUGCCUUUUCAAUUUGAA